AGCCUAAUUCGAGAAUUUCGAUCCGGUUCGGGACCUGUUCCUGCAGGGCGCGUCCCAGGGAGAAAGGCGUCCGUACAAAUAACGGAAAAUCAACUUUUAUUAGGUUCAGUUGAUCGUGGACUUGGGUUCUCAAUUUGCAGUGGAAUUUGAUAUCAUUUUGGCAAUCUUAAUGUAUUAAUAAAAAUAAUAAAAUUAAAAAAAAAGCGAGGGAAAUUCAACUGAAUAUUCCCGCAAAAUUAGGCAUUAACGAUUUUAAGCGCACGGACUGAGUUUGAGCGAAUAAGAUGGGAAAGAAAAGGGGUGGAACUCGCCGGUCUUCAGCGGCCGAGCUUCUGGAAACGCCGCCGUUAACGCCUCCUCCUGCCACCGAUUCUCCAAAGUCAGCGAUCUUCAACAGAAAAAUGAACAGCAUUGGAUGCAAAUUGUCUUCACCAGAGAACACCAACCUUGCGAAGAACAAAGUUCCCGCUGGUCUCUUCAAGUCGUCUCCUCGAAAUGCUUCGAGUUUGAGUUCUAUAUCGGAUCUCAAGGAUUUUGCGUCUUCACAACUCCUCGAUCUCAAGCGCCACAUUGAUCAUUCUCACUCUCAAAUCGUCAAAGACCUCGAUUCCUCAAACUCACGCCUCCAGAAGCGAUUUAAGAUUCAAGGUCAAACCUGCCAAAAAAUGAUGGAUGAAGCAGAGAAGGAGUAUAAGAAGAUGUCUCAAAGGAUUCAUGAAAGUCAGGAAGCUAUGAAGGCUUCAUAUGAAGAGUUUUUGGCACAUGAAGAAGAGAGUGCAUCUCGAGCAGCUUGCAAAACAUCCAUAACUGAACUUUCACAGUCGUUUGAGAGAUCAAUUGAUGCUCUUCGUAGCCGUUUUGGGAUCCCCUCCACCUAACCUCACUAUCAAUUGAUAGCAGCUUUGUGGCGACUUGAGCAAUAACUGUACGUGAUAUCAUUUGGUUCUCAAGAAUAUCUGUACUCAAGUAAGUUUAGUGCAUUCUAACCAGAUGUAAUAUUCAAGUCAAAUAUCUAGCAAUAUUCAUUUUGGUAUCGGAUACUCACAAGUAUUACUCGGAUUCUAUUUGUAUUGUAUCUGAGAUGAAUCUUGGCCAUUCCCGCCUUUCAACUCC